UCUAAUGAUAUUGAACAAGUGGAAGAAAAGAUUGACAGGCUCAUUCAAUUUUUGGUAAUGCUUAUCAUCAUUGGGUACGCACUUGCUUCUAUCAUAUUUGCUAUCUUGGCUCUAUUGGUAAACGAUAUAAACCAUACAUUAUUGGGGAUAGUUUGUGAAUUUGUUAGCGGAAUAUAUGUUUUUUACAUUUUGGAGCCAGAUUUGCCAAUUUGGAAUGCCUGGAAGCGACAUCGUGUGGACACCGAUGACUAUACGAAGAAAGACGGCAUGAACAACAACGACAAGGCGGCUAUUUGCUUCGAUGCUGACGCAACAAAAGAAAAAAAUGAACUCGCAACAGCGAGCAUUACAGAAAGCGAGCGGAGAGAAGCAGAGAAGAAAAUCGAAGAAGAAAAACGCGCUUGGUUUAAAGAAAAAUUCCUUAAUUCAAGACGCAAGAUAAAAAAGGAAAUUUAUCGCCAACUAAAGAGUUUUCCAUGGUUGUGUGGAGCCUAUGGUCUGACCGCUGCAAACGAUGUGAUCAAACGUCCACAUUUCUUCCUCACUGUGAAGAAUGAAAUGGACCAUAAGCAAGUGUAUCGUCAACUUCAGGAAACGUUCGAAUGUGAUGAUGCGAAGGAAUAUUUUCACCUUUUUAAUGAACCAGAAAGAAAGCCGAAUUUCAAACGCUUGGCUAGUCGAUGCGAAAAUCAACCCUCCAUUGAGUUUGAGCCAUCAACAUCUGAUGAACCAACUCAACCAAGCAAAGCUGUUCCCGGUGGUAAGGUGUUGGUUGAUGGUGAUUCGAAUCCAAUGGGGGGGCUUUGGAGAAAGAAAAAAGUUGAAGUAAUAGCAAGUGGAACGCUAACCAUGUUUUGUUGCAAAGACGAACAGCAUUAUGCCCUUACCUGCUCCCAUGUAGGCUGUGCAACAGAUGCGGGGCGCGCACAGGCAGCAUUUAAUCAAAGAGGGGAUAUUCAAGAGGAGCACAAUUCCCUGUCACAUAAUACAGAUGAGAAUGCUAGACGGCAAAAGUAUUGUUAUGAAGACGGUAUGGAACAGGACGACAAUAACGCUUUUCAGUGCUCCGUUGACCUGGAGAUUUGCUUCGAAGCCGAUUCAACCGAAGACGACACCAACCAGAACAGCGAGGCGGUUAUUUCCUCUGACGACAAUUCAACCGAAGACGACACCAACCAGAACAGCGAGGCGGUUAUUUCCUCUGAUGACAAUUCAACCGAAGACGACACCAACCAGAACAGCGAGGCGGUUAUUUCCUUUGAUGACAAUUCAAACGAAGACGACACCAACCAGAACAGCGAGGCGGUUAUUUCCUCUGAUGACAAUUCAACCGAAGACGACACCAACCAGAACAGCGAGGCGGUUAUUUCCUUUGAUGACAAUUCAAACGAAGACGACACCAACCAGAACAGCACUGAUGACGAUUCAACCGAAGACGUCAUCGAACAGAACGACGAGGCGGCUGCUUUAGCCGAUGACGAUACAAUCAACUGCAUACCUCUUGGUACUUUUCACAAGUGUCAUUUUGAUGAAAAAUGCGACAUCAUGGCUGUGAAAAUAUCCGAUCGCGUCAAAAUCAAUUGUAAUGUGAUGGAUGUACCUCCCCCAGAUUGGGAAGAAAUAUGGAAAGAAUUGCAUGAGAGAGUUAUUGAUGAGAGUGAUGGGAAGCCAGACAUAGUGAAGGUUGUAAAAAUCAGUUUGUCGCCGAACCGUCAUGAAAGCUGCAUCGUGGCCACCGAUUUUUCUUACAACGACGGUGUUACGUUUCAGGAUACUACAGUCGUGAAGUCGGUAAAAAGGAAUACUGGCUCAUUUUUACAGGGUGGUGAGUCGGGCUCGUUGAUUUGCUUUUUUGAUAGGAAUGGGGGAAAGAAGGCAUUUGCCUAUGGUGUUCUCGAAGUAAAUGAGGUUCCCCAACUAAACCUGUCGACUUCAGAUGGACCAUAUGAUAUAUGUUUGAAUUUGGAAAAGGCUUUGAAGAAACUGGGGUUUAAGAAAAAAGGAUGCUUUAAUGUUUGUGGGAGAAACAGAGAAUCAAAUGACGCAGAAGUGGAGUAAAGUUCGGAUGAACAUUUUUCAAGGCAAUCAUGCAGCUUCGUUUUUUAACUUUAAAUAUAUAAUCACAAUCGCAAGUCUCUGACGUAUAACGUAAUUCACUGAUUGGCUAUAUUUGGUAUAUUAUGAAUUAUUGCAUACAUAACAUUGUACACUGCACGUUAGUACAUUUAUAUAUAUGACAUAAAAGUAAUGAUGGAACUGAUUCGACGAUCGGGCAAUUUUCACUAAAAUUCGUACUUAAACUAUUCUGUCAUCACCGCCUCCCUUAUACCCCGUCAGAGAACACUUAAAUAAAAACUUCAU